CAAACACAAACUUGGGAAUUGUCACCUGGCGACCCACUCCGAAUUUCAAUUUCAAACUAUUCUCUCUUAAACCUCUAUUUCUCUCUCAAAAAAUGUACACAGUUGCUCGUGAACAACCGCUUGCCGCUGUGCUCUCUCCACAAUUCUCGGAAUUGUACUGUGCCACGUGUUUUCUGGAAAUCGACAGCUCACAAGAAACGGAAAUUCUGACAUGCGACGAUUGUUUAGCGGUAUCAUAUUGUACAUUGAAAUGUCAACGAAAAGAUUGGAAAAGUUGUCAUCAGUUCGAAUGUGAAAUCCUGCGUUGCCAAGGCUCCUCAACUCCAAUGACACUGACCAUGAAGCUAUGCAUCAGAGUCUUAUUGGCAUCUCGUUCCACACAGACGCCAAGUUUCAAUGGGGCUGUUUUAGAAGAUUUGGAGACAAAUUACAAAGAAUUUCGAUCAAGUCCAGAGCAUAAUCAAUUUUUAUCAGAUGUUUUAACGAUUAUCAGCAGUUCAGGGCAGAACAUUUUCCCAACAUCUUUGGAGACAAACAAAACUAUCGGAAUAAUCUGUAGUGUUUUGUGCAAUUCGUUCAGCAUUAUCAAUGAGAAACGUGUUGAGCCGAUUGGAAGUGGCCUAUAUGUGGGCGUUGCCAAGCAUAAUCAUUCGUGUGCUUCCACGUCACAUGUUGUCUUUGAAGGAAAUCAAGUUUUUCUGAGAACCAAUCAAGAGGAAUAUUCAAAGGAGCUGACAAUAUCGUACGUUUCCCGAAUGCUUCCAACAUCCGAACGUCGGAAAACAAUCCGCGGAGUCCAUUUUCUGACGUGUCAGUGUGAAAUGUGCAAAAAUGAAGAACUGGAUCUAAUCGGGUUAAGCUCAAAAUGUCGAACAAAAAAUUGCACGGGAUUUGUGAAGGGAUCUGGAAACUGUUCAGUUUGUGAGAAAUUAGCGUUUUUGCCCUUUGAACAGAGCAUCCAUUCAACAUUAAAUCUUUUGGAUAUUAUUGAAAAUCUCCAUAAAACAAAUCAAUUCACAACAGUACAAGAAUUGGCUUACCUUCAAAAACUACGUGCUGACUAUCAAGACAUCCUGGCGGAAUGCAACGUGGCAAUUUUGCAACUCGACGAGCAGAUUGCUUAUUGUAGCAGUUCACUGGAAAAUGUGAAUGACUUGGAUUUGGACUUGAUCGCUGGAAGAGGCAGUGAGCAUUUUAUAACUCGUCUUGGGAUCGGCGCUCCAGAAGUGACCCGUCGUUUGUAUAUUGGAUGUAAAUGUAUAUCUCGUAUUUCACCAUCGAAAAGAUCUGUAAAAUUAGUAAAACUAAUCAAACUUGCCAUCGAAUCAAGCAUUAUUAGCCAUGGAACACAUCAUUCAAUCACUAAUUAUUUGAGAAAUCUUUGAUAAUGUUCUUGUAAAAUCACAUUUAUUUUUAAUCCUCUGAUAAAUAGUUUAAUUU